AUGUUUACUUUUCCUUCUACUCCAUCGAUGAAACUUCGUUCAAAGUGGUCUUCAACAAGAUAUAACAACGCCCAUCAAACUCCCAACACUCCAACGCCCACUUCAUUGUCUAUAACAACAACAAACCCACACUCAAAUCAAAAAUCAACCACAAUCACAAGUACAUUGAUUCAACCGAUUGAUUUUCCAAUCGAUCCUCAAUUAACACAAUCAUCUUCACCUGCUCCUCUUCUACCACGUGAGAGACAAUUGGAUUCAUCCUCCUCACCUUUCCUUCAUCACCAAAGGAUCAUAUCAACUUCUCCACCUCCAUCUUUGGAAAGAAACUUACACACAAGUCCAAUGCAAUUACCUUACCCAAACACGCCUUCUCCUCAUUCUUACGGUUUGAGCGGUACAGUCAUCGUGAACGAACCUUCGUCGAUCAUGCAACCUCCUCAUGCUUCCUCCGAUUGUGGAUCUCAAUCCGAUGUCUUCAUAUCUCAAGCUUUACCGAAGAAUCAAAGAAACGUACUACGACCUUCGCUUUCACACAACGCGCUUCUCAACACAUCUCCAUCUUCUUGGCCUAGAAGGGUCAUGACCACUGGUUCCACUUUUACCCAUUCUACUUCAUCGUCUGCCCCUACUGCUGUACAGGUGGAUGAUCGGCUAAAUGGUCAUCGACCACAAAGUACACCCAUCAUUGCGCCUCCUGUCAACUUCUCGGCCGCAUCGGCGAUUUCCGAGAACAAUAACAAUAACAACAAAAACAAUAACAAUAACGCUAUUGUUCACGGUCAUCACCAUCAAAAUGCAGUUAAUCAUCACCAACACGAGGCUAACACGCCUUAUCUAUCCAUGUCAACUUCGGCCUCGAGUAACACAAGUAAUAUUUCUACCGCUCCUUUUGCCACUCACUCUACUUAUCCCCCUCAACAUCCUCAUCCUCAUCCUCAACAUCAACAUCAACAUCAACAAUCAAACUAUUAUCCUCACGAGGAAACUCAUUACCCAACAUACGACGGUUAUCCUUCCUCAACUUCAUCACCUUGGCAAACGAUGACAACCAUUCUCCCUCCCCACCACCCUCAUCAUCCUCCUCAACAGCAACAACAAAAUCAUCCUCAACAACAGCAACAGCAACAACAAUCACCUUAUCACUGGGGAAUGCACCACAUGGCCAUUCCAUCAAAGCAAGACGAACCUAUCUUGGCUGCUGGAGAGCUUCCAGCUCCUCGACCACCAAUGUCUUACGCUGCUCUCAUCGGUGAAGCGUUGCUAAUGGCACCUCCUCCUCAUCAAUUAUAUGUCUCGGAAAUUUCUGACUCAAUCAAGAAGAGAUAUCCAUACUACCGACAGAACCCUACCAAGAUCUACAAUGGUGUUCGACAUCAAACCUCCAUGUGUAAAGCUUUCGUCAAACUUCCUCGACCCUUUGGCGAUCAGUCUGGCGGUGCUCGCAAAUGGGCGAUCCGAGCUGGCUGCGAAGGAUGGUUUGCGGGUGGCGGUUAUCACCCUCCAUCCUCAAAUAUGGUAGCUACUAAGCCUUCCAAAGCUGGGGGUAAAGCAAAAGCUACUGCGAGGUCCAAGCAUCUCAUCAUCGGUACGCCUGAAGAUAAGAAAAUCUCACGAGAUAUUUUUGCUGGUGGAUAUCCUUCAUCUGGAUCAUCAGGUGAAGGACCUUCUUCCGGACCGGCAUACGAUGGGACAAUCAGACCCUCAAUGCCCUACUCAUAUUCCCAGUAUAACCCUUCAAACGGUUUUGCUGCUCCAGCACCACCACCCUCACACUCUCAUCUGGGACCUGGAUAUCAUUACGUUCCUAUCCCAUCUGCUCAUGGUCAUCCUCAAUCUGCUCAGCCUAUUUACGUUCCGGUUUGGGGUCCUUACGCAUCACAACAGCCUCAAGGUGGAUAUCAAUAUCCUCACAUGCAAGGACCAGGUCAAGGUCCACAAGGAUAUUCACAAGGUUCUCAAUCGCCCGAGCACUGGAGUAGAGGUAUGAACGGUGUUGACAAUCAAUCAAAUGAUGGUACUCACAUCAGCUCAAAUUAUGAAGAAGUCAAAAUGAUCUCUCAACCAGCUGGCUCACCUGCUCCUUCAGCUCAUUCGAUCGGUAGAUCAAUCCAUAGCUCUCACGGUGCCUCACCAGAGACUAUGUAA